UGAUCCGCCCGGAUCCCAUAGCACAGCUCCGGAGAGGCUGUACCAGCACCUGAUCCGCCCGGAUCCCAUCGCACAGCCCGGGAGAGGCUGUCCCAGCUCCUGAUCCCACCGCACAGCUCCGGAGAGGCUGUCGAGCUCCUGAUCCACUCGGAUCCCACCGCACAGCUCGGGAGAGGUUCCCCCCGGGCCCCGUGGGCCGCUCCGCCCGGCUCCCGCCGGGACAGAUCCCGGCCAUGCUCGCGGUUUUGGUGGUGCUGUGUCAGCUGCACGGGACGGUGUUCGCCUUUCCUCACUGCCCUGGGAGAUUAAGUAACUUGAAACAACCUGAAUGGAGACAUGUGUUCACAUCUGCAAGGGAAGCCAAUUUAUUCAUUGGACGACAUCUUCUGAACAACAGAUUUGAUUUUGAAGCAUUCACAGAUGAUAACCUGGAAAGGGAAUGCUAUGAAGAGCUGUGCAAUUAUGAAGAAGCAAGAGAAAUUUUUGAAGACCCUAAUAAAACGAUGGAUUUUUGGAAAGACUAUUCAACUAAAGGCCCUAAAAUAAAAAUAGGUGAUGAGGCACUACAAAAGAUUAACGUCACGGGGCUGCUCAUCAGCCUGGUUGCUGCUGGAGUGCUGUUGGUUAUAAUUGCACUGAUCAUCUUCUACUGCUGCAAGAGCAGAUGCAAAUCAAGGCAACCACCAGGGUACUUGGAUUAUGUGAGAAGCAGAAGACGUAAUUCAGCCAACAUCUUCAGGAGGCAUGAGGAGUUUUCUCUGAACCCCCUUCCUGUCAGAGCUGAUGACUCAGGCCUGCCCAGUUAUGAGCAAGCAGUCACUGCAGAUGGACAGCACAGCGUGCCCCCACCCCCUUACCCAGGGCCCCCCAGGGAUGCACGGCUCUUCACAAAGUCCAUGUCUCUUCCUGGCCCCUAGGCACAAACCUCCUGCUGGGCUGAGGGGGGAUAUUACUGGAACAUAACAUACUUUUGGAAAAGUGUGGGCUACCUUGCAUAUUGCAAGAUGAUUUACAGAAAUGUGAAAGAUCUUUGGGAUAAUAGGAAGGAGUGGAGUUCCCGUUUGGGAAAAGAGCUCACCUGCUGCAAAGGCUGCAGGACUGUUCUUUGCACAAAGUCACUGUGCUAAGGGGAGAGAAUGACUAAACAGCAAGUCUUGUACUGCUGCCCUCUUCCAUAUGAGCCAUCCCAUCAAACUAUUGAUGUUUCAUCAAUAGCUUCAUUUUCUUCAGAAAGAACAGUAUUUUAAUUGCUCAUAUUGGCACUAACCAAUUUUUGUGACUUCAUACUUUAAACCACCAUAAGAAGUCUACUUUGUUGUUUGACACAUUCCCUUCUUUGCUGGGUGAAUUUUCUAUUCGUUCUUGUAAAGGUAUUUGAGUGCAAAAAUUAUUUCAUAACUUGAUCUUUCAAAUAUACAAAUAUAUAUAGUACUGCUACUGGAUUACACUGGUUUGUUUUAGACAUAGCUGGUCACACGACUUAAUUUGUUAUAUUUUAAUGAUCAUAAUUUUGCAUCAAAAGGAAGUAUUCUUUACAUGGCACACUACCAAUUCAGACAAAGUACACUUGCAUCAAAUUGUUUUGAUGUUCAACAGUAAAUACCAGGUCAAAGAGAGUAAAUAGGAUACUGUGGGCCAGUGGAUGUUGAGCAAAGAGCUAGAGGUUUAUCCCUUUUAAAAAAGCUACCCAGGUUUCACAGCUGAUGUUUCUUUCAUAGAUUGAAAGCUGAAAAGCAGAGAGAGACAUUUAACUUUCAAACCAAAGCCCAAACUACCCCUGAGAAGCACUUUAAUAAGUGUCUCUUGCACUACAGGAACUACAAAAUGAUACCUUUAAUCAGAAUGAAACACCAUAUUGGACCAAAAAUCAAGAGUCAAGAACUUCUGGGAGUUACUGGUUCACUGUGUCAAGACAGUUUCUGUAUCUACAGCUGUAACCACCAUUAAUUUUACAUCCUAUUAAAAUAUCAACCCCCAGCAUUAUGCAGCCUAUACAUCUUGCUGAGCAAAUUGCUGCCCACCCCUUGUGUCCCUUGUCUUCCUCCUGCUAUGACAGGAAGCCAUAGCAGAGGGUGUCACAGGAAACAUGUCAGGCUCUUUUCUUUUUGACAGUGGCUGUGCAGUUAAGGCACACACAAUUAAAUUUUUUAAGAAGAAACACCCCCCAUCCC